UCCUGACGUUCCAGACAGCCUCUGCAGCUGGGCCAACCUGGGCUCAGCCGACCCUACCAUGUGGACCCUGCUCCUCCACCACAGGUCGGGAGUUUGAAAGUAAAAUGGAUGACCUGACCUUGCUCGAUCUUCUGGAGUGCCCCGUGUGCUUUGAGAAGCUCGAUGUCACAGCCAAGGUCCUCCCUUGCCAGCACACCUUCUGCAAGCCAUGUCUACAGAGGAUUCUCAAGGCGCGCAAAGAGCUGCGCUGCCCCGAGUGCAGGACUCUGGUGUUCUGCAGCAUCGAGGCGCUGCCAGCCAACCUGCUGCUCGUGCGCCUCCUGGAUGGCGUGCGCUCUGGGCAGAGCCCCCGGAGAGGGAGCUCCUUCCGCAGGCCCAGCCUGCUGACCCUCCAGGACGGCAGGAAAAGCAGGAGCAACUCCAGAGGUCUGCCGGCUAGCCCGUUCCAGUUGGUGCCUGGGGUCAGACUGCACAUGGAAGGGGUACCUCGAGCAAAAGCCUUGUGCAGCUACAGAGGACAGAGUCCUGGCGACCUGAGCUUCACCAAGGGAGACGUCAUCCUUCUCCGCAGACAGCUCGACGAGAACUGGCUGCAGGGGGAGAUCGGCGGGGCCAGUGGGAUCUUCCCAGCCAGCGCUGUGGAAGUCAUCAAGCAGCUGCCCCAGCCUCCACCGCUCUGCAGGGCCCUUUACAACUUUGAUCUACGAACCAAGGGCAAGAGCGAGAACCAAGACUGCCUGACCUUCCUCAAGGACGACAUCAUCACUGUGAUCAGCCGAGUGGAUGAGAACUGGGCUGAAGGCAAGCUGGGAGAUAAAGUGGGCAUCUUCCCUAUCCUGUUUGUGGAGCCAAACCUCACUGCAAGGCACCUGCUGGAGAAGAGCAAAGGCCACCAGUCAUCGCGCAACAAAAGCCUGUCGCUGGUGUCCUCAUCCUUCAGAGGCAAACCAACCAGCACACCCACUCUCCGCAGGGGACCAGGGUCCAGGAGGAAGGGGCCUGGGCAGUUCUCCAUCACGACAGCCUUGAAUACUCUCAACCGGAUGGUCCAUUCCCCACCUGGGCGCCAGAUGGUAGAGAUCAGCACCCCAGUGCUUAUCAGCUCCAGCAACCCCUCUGUGACCACCCAGCACUUGGAGAAGGUGGACUUCACUCCCGGCUCUAUGGGACAGGUCAGCACUUACCAGUCCACGCCUGGCUCCCCGGGGCAUUCCCCAGCCGUGGUCGGUCAACCUGGCUCCCAGCAACACCUCCCAGCCAACCUGUUUGUAGCCAUGCACUCAUACUCGGCCCACGGACCUGAAGAGCUGGACCUGCAGAAGGGAGAAGGUGUCAGGGUCCUGGGGAAGUACCAGGACGGCUGGCUGAGGGGCAUCUCCUUGGUCACCGGGCGAGUGGGCAUCUUCCCCAACCAUUACGUCAUUCCUAUUUUCAGCAAGACCUCUAGUUUCCCUGACUCCCGGAAUCCUGGUCUCUACGCCACAUGGACAUUAUCCACCUCUUCUGUGCCCUCGCAAGGCAGCGUUUCAGAAGGUGACCCCCGGCAGAGCCGACCCUUCAAGUCUGUCUUUGUGCCCACCGCUGUGGUCAGCCCUAUAAGGAGCACAGCAGGCGCAGGGAUUUCAGGACAAGGGUCUCUUCGGAAAGGGCGGAGCAGCAUGAGAAAGAAUGGAUCCCUACAGAGGCCUGCUCAGUCUGGGGUCCCCACUGUUGUGGUGGGCUCCUUCAGGCGCAGCCCCACCAUGGUGGUACAACCUCAGCAGCUCCAGUUCUAUCAGCCACAGGGAGUCCCCUCUGCCCCUUCAGCAGUGCCAGAGAUGGGACCCAAGUCCACUCCUGUCGGGGAGCCUGGCCUCACGGGCAUCAGCAGAGGCAGUGACAGCAGGGUUCACUCAGCAGCUAGCUCCCUCAUCAUGGAAGGCAAGGAGGUCCCCGUCAAGAGUGAGCCUCUGCCGAAACCACCUGCAUCCGCCCCGCCAUCUGCCCCGCCAUCGAUCCUGGUGAAACCAGAAAACUCAAGAAAUGGCAUCGAGAAGCAAGUCAAAACCGUGAGAUUUCAGAACUACAGCCCUCCUCCCACCAAACAUUACACCUCCCAACCCACCUCCGGCAAGCCUGAACAGCCAGCUACCCUCAAGGGGCCCCAGCUUGAAGCAGCCUCCUCGAGCCCGGAAAUGACCGUCCUAUUCGCCCAUCGAAGCGGCUGCCACUCAGGCCAACAGACAGACCUCCGGAGAAAGCCACCAUUUGGCAAGGCUGUGACCCCAGUGCCCACUUCCUCAACCACGCAGACCAUGUUUCCCAGCAAAUGAAAUCUACAGGUGGCCUUUUCCUAGACCCCAAAGAGGUGAAUUGCAUUUAAAUACAGUCUGCCUCCACAGGGGGUGUCCUGUCAGUCUUUGGGGUCUUGGGCAUGGUCCUUAUGCUGCAUCUUUUACCAGCCCAUCCUCCCACCUCUGUGACAGAAAAGGUACCAGCAGGAAUUCCUGCCCUUGGUGAGAGGGCAGAUCAGCUGACCCUCCAAACAUAAGGACUUAGUUCAAGAAGGUUCAGCACUCAGACUAAGCAGCGAGAGCACUUGGUUCUGCAGCCUCUUGUCCCUUGUCCUCUAUGUAGAGCUGCUGUGGCGGCCUACUGGGAUUUCAGCCAGAAGCGUGACCACGGCAGGAGGGUUGUCAUUGCUACUUUGACCUUAUCACCCUAUUAGAACAGCCUCUGUCAUCUUCCGGGGCCUGACCAUCACCCUGUUUCCCUCCAGAGUCACCAUCCUGAUCGCCAAAGGAAAAUCUCCUGGCUGGGGAUACAGUAGAUAGCUGGAACUUUCUAAGAACUAAAGCUAAAAGCAGGCAACUUGUCACAGGCAGCUUGUCCAGUUUCUCUAGACAAGAAGGUCAGAAAAGAGGUUGGCCACACCAAGUAUCAACCAACAACCAUGCUCCAAACUUCUCUAUCUGUUUUCCCAUGUAUCAUUCUGCAAAAUAAACAGGCAGGACUCCUACAGGUGCAAGGGGCUGUGGAGGGUAUUACAGACAAUGAAUUCACCCUUCCCCUAGCACACAGGGCACGCUUAGAAACAAUCUGGGCUAGGGCUUGAGUUUAAGAUCUGUUUGUCCAGCAUCAUUAUUUUCUCUGGCCUCUUCUUACCAGGGACAUACCUGUUGUUUUACUGAUGAGGCAACAGUAUCCAAAGCUGCAGGGGAAAGCACUUCCUAAGGAAGAAGCUGCCAUAAAAGAGGCUUGAUAAGGAAGGUUAUAGAAGAAAAUAAGUAAGAGGGAAACUGAAAAAAAAACUACAAAAAACUAUGAAAGGCCUGAGCAUCAGAGGGAAGAUAGGGGAUUCAAGAAAGCAUCAGUCAAGAAGGCAAAAGCAGCAGGCUGGGAGGGGACAACCUUGUCAAUCCCGGCAGGUGGGAAAAGAAAACAGGGCCUGUAAUGGAGAUGGGGGCAAAACCAAAGGACAAGGGCAAGGACAAGGACAAGGACUGCACCAAGGGGACAAGAACAGAAACAGCCAGGCAGAGCCACAUAAGCAUCCGGGGGACCCAAGACCAUGUUAUAAAGCAACCCAUUAAUCCUCAUUACACUUAAUUGUUGGGAUCUAACAUUUACUGCAUGCCCAUCAGUGAGAGCAUGCGGACUCAUAAAAAUACAGCGAAGUUUAAUUAGGUCUUUCCCCUCAACAGUUAAGGUGCUGGGAUUUGGAACACACAUCUUUUUUACAUACCUACCCACACAUUUGUCAAACUGAAUUGUUCACAGACUUUUCUAGUCCUUAAUAAAAGCAUCAUCUUGCUGAGGAAUAGUGCACAUGUGUCGGACUUUUGGUGUGGGACAGCCAAUACAGACGCGUGUUGUUCUAGCAUUUCUAAAAGAUUACUCGCUCAUUUCUACUCCUCCAAACUGACCAGGCCAACUCCAUGUCCCAUGAAUAUCAGUAGGAUAAUCCACAUGGAAAACGGAAUAAAGUCACAAUUAUGGGAAA